AAAAAUUAUUAGUCAAACAAUAAAGUAUUCAAGUGCACUUAAACCACAGAGCAAUAGGUUAAUUAAUUGAAUAAUUUUAUAUUUUAUUAUUUAUUGUAUUUUUUAAAAAUAAAAAAAUGUAUUGUGAUAAAGUUAUUGAAUUAUUAAAGGAAUUGGAACGUUCUCGUGAAGACACUAUACCACCAUACAAUAAUGAUGGAAUCAAUCAAGUGCUUUCAGAGAUGAAAACUUUAGAUGCAGAAAUUAUAGAUUUCUUGCGCAAGCAAAAAGAUAAUUUACCACUGGAUGCUAUUCGCUUAAGACGUGCAGCUAUAGAAAGAAAUAAAAGAUGUUUGAUGACAUACAUAUGGACUAGAUUACAGCGGUUAAAAGAAAUGAGAUGGGAGAUAGGUGCUAUUUUACCAUCAGAUGUAAGACAAAAUCUUUCACAGUCAGAGAUAGAAUGGUUUAAUAAUUAUUGUAAAACUUUAGUCUCAUAUAUGAAGACCAUAGGAUCAGAUACUGGACUCAACUUAACUCAAGACACUAAACCUCCAAAGUCACUUUACACUGAAGUAAGAAGUUUAGUAGAUGCUGGUAAAUUAGAAUUAGAAAGUGGAGAAGUUUUGAUAUUACGUAAAAAUAGUCAGUAUAUGUUAUCAAGAUCGCAAGCUGAGCCACUGAUUCGCCAGGGUAUUUUGGAACAAGUCAGACAAUAAUUUAAUACUAAAAAAAUUGGAAUUAUUUACAUGUAU